ACCAUUAAUGCUGGUCGGCAGACAAAUUCAACAAGUCAUUAAAUUAUUAAAAUGUGAUAUUUUGGAGUUAGUUUAUGUUUGAAUUUUUACUGAGAAGAAAAUGGUUCAAAUCAACUGCCCUUUAUAAAUGCUUUCUAAUUUACAUUUUAAAUUAUUUAAAUUAUUUUAUUGAUGGCAAAUUUAUUUUAUUGACUGAACAAAUUUGUGUUUCUGCAGCACUAUUCAGCACUAUUUUGCGAUAGAUGGUUUUCCGUUUUCAUUUGAUUGCUUGAUGGUGGAAAUUUGAAACAUAGGCAGCUUUGUAGUCCAGCCUGUAAAUUGCUCAUUAAAUUGGAUUCCUUUCUACAACUACAAUUUUUGUACAUGUUCUCUGGAUGUAGCAGCUCUUUAUCACUAUGGUAUCGAACCUUAAGGUGAAGUAUUUCUUUGCACAUUUUUCAACACACAUUCUUUUUUUUCCGACUGCUACGCUGCAUCCCACAGAAAUGCAGAAUAAUAAAUUACAAGAGAUUCAAAAUACAAUACAAAAAAAAAAAAAAGGUGCAAAAAAUACAAAUAAGGUGCAGGUGCAAAGUUGAGGUGCAAAUUUUGUUUUGAGGUAGUGUAAUGUAGUUGUGCAAAGUAUGCAAGAUUCACAAUUUUUACAGUUUAUUAAGGGUUCUGAUGACCUGCAGGUAGAAGCUGUUUUUCAGCCAGCUGGUUCUGGACUGAAUGCUCUGGUAUCGCCUGCCUGAUGCCAGUUUGAUAAACAGACUGUGUGCUGGGUGACUAGGGUCAGUUGUGAUUUUUCGGGCCUUCCUCAGACAUCGCAGAUGAAAGGUGUCCUGAAGGGAUGGAAGUUUGUUGCUGAUGAUGACUUCAGCUGUUCUCACAACUCACUGAAGGGCCUCGCGAUCGAGGAGUGAGCAGCUGCCAUACCAUACAGUAAGGCACCCCGUCAGGAUGCUCUCAAUGGUACAAGUUUGUAAGGAUAUUGGGAGGGAAACUAAAGCUUUUGGGCUUCCGUAGGAAAUAGAGCCGCCGGUGUGCAGAUUUAACUACUGAUGUGGUGUGCAGAGGUCGUCGGGGAGGUGCACACCAAGGAACUUGAUGUUCUUAACUCUUUCCACUGAAGUACAGUUCCAGAAACCUGUAGAAUCCACAUGUGAGAAGGCACAUUGAACCUGUUCUGGAGGCUUUGAUAUUCCCAAUUUAGAAUUUUUAAUGUCAACCUUAACUGCACAAAUAGAGAAAUAAGAUAUGCGCGUCAUCACAAAGAGGAAAUACAGCACCAAAUAGAACAUCCAAAAACAGGAAACUUAUUUCAGAAGCCUCUGGUGAGGCUCUGUUAAGACAACUUUAAACUCUGUUAAGACAACUUAAGUGCUGAAUGUCUGCUGACAAGAAAUUAGGACUGAAGAAAAAUGGUGAAAAGCAGGCCUAAGAGGAUACAAUGUACUUCAAGAAGAAUAAGAAAAGAGGAUUUGCACAAACAGGAAAUGAAAAACCUCUCUUGAACUUUUGAUCAGAGUACAUGUGGUGAUUUGAUGUAUACGUACACAUCGAGGACACAGGCUAUCUGUACGGAGUCUGUGCACAGACUGCUGGAGACACCAUAAAAUGGCAGUGAACAUUGGCAACAGGAGCAGCAGCUGUAACAGUACGUUUCAAAAAGACGUGUUACCUCCCAUCUACGGUGUGGAGAUGAGUGUGGCACUGGUGGGGAACAUACUGGCACUGUGGCUGCUUGUGACUAAGGAGAAGAAGAACUGGCACACGGGAGUGGUGUUCUCCUGCAACCUGGUCAUCAGUGACAUCUUUUACGCCCUCACUCUCCCCCUUCUUAUCCAUUACUAUUCAAGAGGACGGAUCUGGAAAUUUAGUGUUGCUCUCUGCAAAAUAGAGCGCUUUCUCUUCACCUGUAACCUCUACGUCAGCAUUUACUUCAUCAUGUGCAUCAGUGUUAAUAGAUACCUGGCCAUUGUUCAUCCAUUCUUCACACGCAAACUCAUUCGACCAAAACAUGCCAAGAUCAUCAGUGUGUUCGUCUGGAUCUUUGUGGCAAGCAUUUCAUCUCCAAUCCUCUACUUUUCAGGUGUCAAGGAGGACAGAUGUUCCUUAUUUGCAAAUCUCAACAGUACAUCAAACAGGUCUACCUACAGGGUGUUUAUGGCUGUUACAGGCUGUUUGGUCCCAUUUGUAGUUACUUUUGCAUCCUAUUUUGGUAUAAUAUGGGUGGUUUAUAAAAAUGCAAAUAUCACUGCUUUGGAGAAGAAAAAAGUGGCUCUGAUUGUGGGUUUAACCUGCAUCCUGUACGCUGUGUCUUUUGUCCCCUUUCACAUUCUGCAAAUAUGGAACUUUAAACUAAGGGAAGAAGGUAAGACUAAUUGUGAUGUGCGUAAUGCAUACCAAGUGUCAAAGGCAUUAGCCUGCCUGAACAUGUGCCUCCAUCCCAUCCUGUACAUGGCUGUGUUUGACAGUAUCAGGGCAGUGUGCUGUAGAAGGAGCUCAAAUGUAUCAAACUUACAAAUCACAGCUGGAGAACACUUGUCACAGGACCUUGCAUUGAAAUCCAGAGACUGAGAUGGCAAAAGAUUUUAUUUUCCUGUGAACAUUUGUGUUGAUUUGGAUGCAUGUUUGGGGUCAUUAUCAUGUUGAAAGAUUCACCUAUGGUCAAAUAUUACCCUUCUGGAAGAGGCAACCAGAUUUUGGGCUACUGUUCUGCUACUGUAAACUUGUGUCCUUCAGCUGUUUUAGCUUUAGCUUAUCUUCAUUCAAGCUUUCAGGUUUACAUGUAGAAUGGUAGUGGUUGACAUUUAAUUAUUUAUAAUCUCAUGUAAACACUGUAAUUAGAGAGUGGCUAUUCUAUAACAUCUUUUACCAGCCAUAUAAACUUGAUUUGUAGAAUAUUUCAAAACAUUUCAUUAUUAUUAUUAUUAUUAUUAUUAUUAUUAUUAUUAAAAUGUCAUUAGCCUUCAAUCAAUAUAAAGUUUCAAAAAUGGGGUCUUUGGCCAGAAAUGGUUGAGAAGCCUUGGGCUAUUCUUAUACUUAGAUUUGUAUAAAUGGCUUCUAGUUAAUCACUACUAGUGGUGAUUAGACUACUAUGCCAGCAUAUAAAUAUGGAAAUACUAUAUGAUCUAUGAUUGGUUUUUUUUUUUGUUUUUUUUUUUAUAAAAUAUGUUUUCUUUUAUUAUUUUUACUGGAAUGAAAUAAAUGAAUAUAUGUUGUGCUUGGUGUUCUGUUAAAAACAGAACUUCAUAAAAGUUUCUAGAAUUUGUGUUUUUUUUCUCCCAUUAAGUCUAUAUCAAAGUUAUGCUGAUGCUGGACCUAAAUCUGUUACUGUAGUAAAUUGUUGCAAAGCCAAUACAUUACCCUCUUGUGUCAUAUGAUUUUAUUGUUAUUGCAAGUUAGUUAAAGAAAAUAAGAAUAUUUUCAGUGUGUACCAAACCAAAGUGUAAUAUUAUUUCCUUCUAUUUUAUAACACUAAAUAUUGCAUUGUCAAUAUCCCACAAUUGCAAUAUAACUAAAAAAUUGCAGUAUGUCUAUUGUUUGGGACAUUUCAAGCUACACAAGCAGCUCAAAUACUCUUGAUUUUCUGUCUCCAAAUGUCCCCCUGAUAAACUAAUCCAAUCUCAAUAUGGCUCUCGCGUAGGAGCAUAAGACAUGCAGCACCACACAGAGCCUCGCAAUGCAGAGCGCUAUUCAGAUUGGAUUAGUUCAUCAUAGGCAUGUUGGUAAUAAAUGUUUUACACGGCUCCUCAG